CCCUUGUAAGUAGCCAUGGCAUCAUCGUCAUCUAACAUAGACCUUUCUGGGCCAUCUUUCUGUGUUGUAUCAGGAGCUUCUCAGGGUAUAGGUCGGGCGAUUGCAGUCGAAGUUGCCAAAUGUCUUGGACCCAACUCCCUCAUGUUACUUUUGGCACGUAAGAAACAAGAACUUGCAGUUACUGCAAGCCUAUGCGAAUCUGAGAAAGUGAAAGUUACUUACAACUCUGUAGACUUAUCGACAGCUUCAGAAGAGCAAAUGAUGGAUAUUUUAAAGCAAGCGUUAUCCGGACGCAAAGUUACUGACUUCGAGACAGGUCUGAUCUUCCAUAACGUUGGGUCGCUCGGCAAUUUGGCUGUGGAAACCGCACGUAUGGAAAAUAUACCGGAACUCCGUAAAUAUUAUGACUUGAAUGUUUUUAAAGUGAUUUCUCUCAAUACUCAGUUCCUCAAACUCUUUGAAGAGGUGGAAGAUAGGGUUGUCAUUGUCAAUAUAACAUCUCUAUGCGCUAUUAAGCCUAUGGGGGGCAUGGCUUACUACUGCAGUGGUAAAGCUGCGAGAGAAAUGUAUUUCAGAGUGCUUGCAGAGGAAAAGAAACAUAUCAAGGUCCUUAACUAUUCCCCUGGACCGGUCGAGACAGCUAUGAUUGACAAUGUUCUAGAAGAAGCUAUAAACGACAAUCUCAGAGAUGUCUUCACCUCUUUCAAAAACCAGGGCACUCUGCUAAAGCCAGAAGUCACAGCCAAAAAGUGCAUGAAAGUUUUGCUUUCUGGCAAAUUCUUGCCAGGAGAACAUGUUGAUUAUUUCGAUGAUGAAUAACUUAAAAAAAAUAAUUGGAAAUUUGGAAUCUCUUAACCAUGGUUAUCUUCACAAAUCUAACAUGAAUUUAUGGUGUUCGAUUUAUGGUAAAAAUGCUAUAAAAAUUUCAAAAUAUGGUAUAAAUAUUGUAAGUUUAUGCAAACUUUAGUCUAACUGAAAUGACAGGAGUCAGGGCUAAAAUUGAUAUUGACUCUCUUUUUCUAUCUAGUACUAUGAAAAAAGUGUGGUACUGAUUUUAAAUCAUAUUUUAAUGGAGGAUUAUUCUCAUUUUGGAUAUUAAGUAUAUUAGUUGUUAUAUGUGUAUUUUAGGUAGAUUUUGAUACUUAAUUUGAAUUAUACUUUAAACAAAAUGUUAUUAAAGAAUUCCAUCAAAAUUGGGAUGUUAAAUGGGGUUAUUUACUUUUGUAUCUACAAUUUACUUUUAUAUCUAAGUAUAUCAGUUGUUUUGGUAACUUAAAUAGUUAUAAUCAUGUCAAAUUACUAGAUGGCUAUAAAAUAAAAUAAAAAAUCGUGCACUGUCAAUUUAGUUCAACCAAAGUUUAAUAUACUAAAAAAUUGGUGUUGUUAAGCUCAAAACAAACUGUUGCAUUCCAAAUAACAUUUCUGUGUUCCUCUGUCUAGCGACUAUGUUGUUGUUAAAUAAUAAAUAUAGUUAUAACUUAUAGUAUAGUAGUAAUACAUAAAGUUGAAAGUUUCUAAUAUAUUUGUACUUGAAAACUGGUCGCAGAUUAUAGCACGUGCCGAAUACAUUGACGUCAUAACAACGCGUCGACAGCAUCAUACGCGACGAAAGCGGAAAUCAGCAUUUAUUUAUGUUUUCAGAUGCCAUAACCUAUACUAAGCUAAUUAAGCUGCUAAUUUCUGUGAGCGGCUAGAUGCUGGGGUGAUAGUAGUCAAUAUGCGUACAGCUUGGAUUUUUUUGGAUUUAUGGGUCCCUUUUAAAUUGUACAAUAACUCCAAUAGAUCUUUUAAAAUUCUAAAGAAAAGACGACGUUUAUUUUUACACGACAGCGCAACGCGAGGGAGUGCAUCUAUCUACGCAACGUUCGUUGAACUCUAGCGUGAGGCUGAUGUUUUAUUUGCAAUAUAUUGCGAACUUUUAAAAAAUACAGGUUUUUAAAAGUUCGCCUUUUUUUGUAUCAGUAAUCAUCAGCAGUAAUCGCCUGUUCUUUUUAAUGUCAUGUUGGUUUAAUGAAAACUUACAUAUUGGAAACUCAUUACAUUCGGCGCGUGCUGGAAUAAUCGAUCAGCAAAAGACUUCUAGAUAACAUUCCACUUAUCUCUGUACCUACUGUAUGCGUGUAUCGAAAUAUUUUAUGAAUGCAAUUCAUAUUAAUAAAGUGCUUGAAAUUGAA